AUGGGCGGGCAAAGCUACCCAUUAGCAUGUAGAAUCAAAUUUAUUUGUUAUUUCCAGGGUUGCGGUAUCUCUCUUCAUGGCAAAUACAGGAUUGCAACAGAACGGACAGUAUUAGCGAUGCCCGAAGCUGCACUCGGACUUUUUCCAGAUGUUGGAGGUUCAUUUUUCCUUUCUCGAUUGCCAUACAGUUUGGGCCAGUUCAUGGCACUGACGGGGUAUCGAAGUGAAGGAGCCGACGUCUAUCAUAUGGGUCUCGCAACACAUUACGUUUCUUCCGAGAAACUGAAAGAUCUUGAGGACGAGCUGCUAAAUACCGAUAAUAAGUUGCUCUCUCCGCAAAAAAUCGAGCACAUUUUGAGCACUUAUCAAAUGAGUGAGAGUGAAAUGCCCGAAUUUACUCUGGAAAAACGCCUUGCACAAAUCGAUUAUAUUUUUUGCGGCACAACGGUUGAGUCGGUUUUCAAAAAGCUACGAAAUGAUGAGGAUGAUUUUGGUAAGAAGCAGCUCAGCAUCAUGAACAAAAUGAGCCCAACAUCACUGAAAGUGAUUUUCCGACAGUUGCAACUUGGCUCAAAAAUGCGUUUUCCGGAAGUAUUCACAAUGGAAUAUCGUUUGUCACAACGUUUCGUAAAAGAUCAUGAUUUUCAUGAGGGAUGUCGAGCAAUUCUCAUUGACAAGGAUCAUAAACCGGCAUGGAAGCCGGCAACCAUCGAUGAAGUAACCGAGGAAGCGAUCGAUCAGUAUUUUGCUCCGCUUCCUGACAGUGAAGAGCUGGUUAUCAAGGAGUUUGAAGUUUAA